AAAAAAAAAAAGUGGGCCGUUGCCGCAAGGUGCUGUGACUCUAAACGAUUUGUUGUGGCCCACGAAGGCAGGGGCAGGAUAGAGCGAUAAACGCUUUGGCGGACUUGUUAGUUGCAACUGGGCUGAGAUGGGUAUGAACGUCAUUACGUUAUUUAGCCCCAUUGAGAAAGGCAGCAAUGUGCCAGUAGGCAUCGAGUCCGACUGAAUUCAACUAAAGAAGAAGAAGUUAUUUAGUGUUCUGUUCUCCUAUGGGGAGAGAUUUCUUCUAACCAAACGAGCUCCUUCAAAACAUUCUCAUCGGUGUCCGGGAGACAUCACUGUAGAAGAUCUUCACCCUGAAAAGCACGAUAGCCUCCACCUUAAACAGGAAGAGGAGUCCGAGAUGCCGUACAUAAAACAGGAGGCAGAGCUAGAGACCACCGACAUGAAAGAAGAAGACCAGGAAGUUGAAAUCACCAAGUUUUCAAUAGAUGUCAGUGUGAAGAGCGAAGAAGACGAAGGACCAAGCGAAGAGAGUGAAUCAGCGAACCCUUCGAGCGACAGCUCAUUUCAGCACUUGACAACAAAAGGAGAGGGACGAUCGCAACCGGACGGCCUUUUAGCUCCGCUUUCGGACAGCGACAAUAUAACGUCACAUUCUUCUGACUUUAAUACUGAUGAGGAGGAGGAAGACAAAUCUUUAAAGAAGUCAUCAUUGAAAAGGGACACAAAGCAAUGUGCAGUUGGGAAACUUUUUCCCUGCUCACUCUGUGAAAAAACAUUUUCUUGGAAACGUAAUUUAAAAGUACACAUGCAUACACACGAUGAGGAGAAGCCUUUUGCCUGUACACUUUGUGAUAAAAAAUACUUCACCAAGUCAAAUUUAAACGUUCACACAAGAACACACACUGGAGAGAAGCCUUUCGUCUGCACACAUUGCGAUAAAAGAUUUUGUCAUAAAAAUGUUUUAGAAGAGCAUACGCGUACACACACUGGAGAAAAGCCUUUUGCCUGCACACUUUGUGGUAAAACAUUCACUCGGAAGGGAUAUUUUGUAUUGCACACAAGAAGCCACGCUGGAGAGAAGCCUUUUGCCUGCACACUUUGUGGUAAAAGAUUCGUUUAUAAGAGCGGUUUAAACAAACACACGCGCAGACACACAGGAGAGAAGCCUUUCGCCUGCUCAUUUUGCGAAAAAAGAUUCGCCGGCAAGGAACUUUUAAAAAUUCACACAAGAACACACACUGGAGAAAAGCCUUUUGCCUGCACAUCUUGUGGUAAACGAUUCACCCAAAGGGGAAAUUUAAACAUACACACACGCACACACACUGGAGAGUAGCCUUUCGCCUGCACACUUUGCAUAAAAUAUUUUCUCAGAAGAAUCAUUUUGAAAAACUUAAGCGCACACACACUGGGGAAAAGCCUUUUGCAUGCUCACUAUGAUGUAAAAGAUUCGAUGUAUCCGUUGUUUUGCUGACCCUGGAUCCAGCAGUGCCUCUCCAUUGUCUGUUUUUGCCUUGCUUUUUGAACACUGUCGACGAAUAAAUGAUCAACUUGU